GUCAACAGCACCGUGGCAACCUAUUAACAGUGCAAGAGACAGAAAAUAUACAUGAACUUUGCCUGGAUCUCUCACACACACACGUGAAAUUAAAGGAUUUGUAUGCGGGUUCUGGAAGGAAGUGAUGCCAGUCACCGUUACAGGAUCCUGGUUCCCCAGCGGCUUUCAUGGACACUUUCGAAGCCACAUGCGGAAUGACAUCUGCCAGGAAUACCGAACGGCGGCCAGGCCACCGCCACCCAAGGCCUUCGCCCAGCGAAUUAAAGAAAAUCCAGUAAAGCAUACAUUCUCAAGACACGACAACCGUCAUAUUUUCCCCAGCUCUGUUUUUUCGUUUGAGAAUGGCAUGGGCAAGAAAAAGCUCCUGCAGCACAGGGAGUCCUACAACUUCAUAUAUUGGAAGCCAAUGGAGGAGGAAUUAAAGAGACAGAGGCCUCUGACCAGCACUUACCGGACGGACUUCUGGAGGCUGGACGGUGAUCCCGGGAGCGCGCCUCAGCUCCUGGUUCCCCGGAUGAAUCGGGCGACAUCGGCUUCGUAUUCUGAAGUCACCACUUAUAGAGACAUGAUGAGGAGCCACGUUCACCUGAAAACCUCCGAGCCCCCAGCUCUGACAGACGGACCACCGAUACCAAACCCCACCAGGGCCGGAACCGAGGGGCUCUCAUUAAGAAGAGCCCAGUCUGCACCUUACAACCGGCUCUCCGUUUCUGAUUGUCUUGUUUGGCGCGUUCCAGAAACGGCGAAACAAGAAAGCGCGCAAAACAUCGAGGCAACAUAAAGGCGAUAUUCAAUUUUUUAAAUAAAAACAGAUUGAAAACUAAAACAUAAAGGCGAUAUGAAGGAGGUGUAAAGAUACAAUUUAUUUUCCCUAAAUAGCUUCCUUUACCUUAGUGCCGUCCUCCUUCACUUACCGU